AUGGAAUUACCAGAAGAAUGCUGGGAGUCGAUUUUCAGUUUCUUAGAACACCAUCGGUACUUUGAACCUCUUUCUUUGGUCUGCAAGAGAUUUCUUUCCAUCACCAAUCGUCUUCGUCGCACUCUCACCAUCACCGACCCAACCCUCGAAUCCCUCCCUAAUCUCCUCCUCCGCUUUCCAAAUCUCACCACCGUCGUUUUCCGUGAUUUCCACGGCAAUCUCGAUUCGGUUCUUUACCUGAUUUCUCAGUCUGGGUUGCCCUUGAAAUCCCUCAACGUUUCGAGCCACAAGUGUUUCCCUUUGCUGGGUUUGAAACACUUGGCUUCCAAGAUAAGGAAUUUGGUAGAAUUGAAUUGCUCCAAAACUGGGUCUCUGAAGGACUCUGAUUUGAUCGAGAUCGGGAAUUGUUUCCCUUCUCUUGAAGUGGUUGACAUUAGCUACCAUGAUUAUGGAUGUGGGUUUUCCCCUAAUGGGUCAUUGGAUUCCAAGAGCUUGUCUGGUUUGGUUACCGACUACGGGAUCCUUGGUUUGUCCUCAUCGCUCAAGAGUUUGCGCAAGAUUGAUCUUUCUGGUAAUACCUUUUUAACCGAUCAAGCUCUUGUUAUUUUAUCAUCAAAUUGUUUAAUCUUGAGUGAAAUUGGGAUUCGUGAUUGUGAUUUCAUUACCCAGAACGGAAUUGCUUUGGCUAUUCGUAAAAGUGAUAAUUUGAAGUCCAUUUUCAUGAAUGGAAUUGGCAUUCCUUCGAUGGAUGCAUGUUUUUUGGAUUCCUUUGCGUAUGCCAGAAGUUUAAGUGAGCUUGAUCUCUCCAAUUCGUUUAUAUCUGAUGAAUUUUUGUGUUUAAUAGCUGAAGCUAACCUUCCAUUGCGCAAGAUUGCUCUCUCUGGUUGCUUUUGUUUCACAUUUUAUGGGGUUUCUUUUCUCUUGUCCAAGUACCCGUCUCUUACAUAUUUGGAUCUUGAAGGAGCAAAUUUUCUCAAUGAUGAGUCCAUGAUAGAAUUAGCCAAGUUUUUUGUAUCAAUAUGGAGAGAACAAACCUCGGUUGAAGCAUUUCCAGCUGAAAUUGUGGUGAAUCCUCGGGUUAAGGCAUUGCAUUUGGGUUGGAAUAACAAUUUGAAUGAUGAAUGCUUGAAGAUGGCUUCCUGUGUUUGCCCCAAUUUGGAAGAACUCAACGUUACCUACGCUCGGAUUAGGUGUUUAGAGAUAAGCAAAUGCCAAGGGGUUAGUAAUCUCGAAUUGGACUUUGAACUUCCUAAACUGGAGGUUUUGCAAGCAGAGGGAUUGGCAAUUGAUGAUGAGACAUUGGGUUCAAUCGGGAAGCUGUGUGGACGUCUAUCCCUUUUGAAUUUGGCAGGUUGCUUGAAUGUGACCGCCAGAGGAGUUGAAGGCGUGAUCAUGAACUGCAAAGCAUUGAAAGAGCUGAACUUGAAAUGGUGUAAUAAUGUGAGUGUAGACAUUGUAGCUUGGAUGGUGCUUUCAAGGCCAUCUUUGAGGAAAAUUACACUGUAA